AUGUCAAUACGACCAGUAAAUUUUGAUGAACUUCCAGAUAUGUCCUUUGAGGAUAUAGAUACCACAUUAAAUAAAGUCGAUGUACAUAAAAGUUACUCCAAGAAAACCAAUAAAAAAAAAUUAGAGAUUAAAAGUAAAGGAGAACUAUCUCCUGUACAUAAAAACAAACAUUUAAAUGGGAUUACAACACCAUCUUUAACGGCAAGCUCAGAAGGUACGACAUUUUCUAAUCAUGAUAGGAAAUUUUCGAUCGAUAGUAAGACUGAUGAUGAUAACUUUGAUGGAAUCUCUGAUAAAAUUAAAAUAGAUAACGAAUUCUUCAAUGAUUUUGAAGAGUUUCAAAAUGCGAAGGAUGGAUUUGAUGAGGCAUUGAAAAUACAUUUUAAAUUGGAUAAUUCAUCUCCAGUAAUCGAUGAUAAUGAUGAUGUUGAUGAGGAGGAUGAAGAAUAUGCUAACGAUGAUUAUGGCAACGGUGACGAUAAUUGUAACAAAAAUGAUAUGUAUGGAGUAAUGGGAAGAGACAGCCGUAAUACUGAGAUGGAUAUACUAAGUAGUAGAUUUGAUAAAGCUUUAAAUUGGAAUAGUCAAGAUACAAAUCUAAAUAAUAAUAGACAAUUAAGAAAACCUAGUUCUAUGAUGGAAUUAAAGCCAUAUGGAUUGACUAGAUAUCAUCGGACAAAUAGUAAAGAAACGAAUAGACACAAUCUUCAAGGCAGUAAGUCAUCUAGUAAUCUAAGGGCUCGUAAAAAUGGCACAAUGCAAAUUAAAAAAUCAAUGCCAUCAUUAGAUUCUAGAUAUAGACUUUCUGAUACAUAUAAUAAUGAAGAAGCAUACCCUAGUAAAGGAUACACACAUAAUGUUGGCCUUGAUAGAAAAACGUUUAAUUCAAAUUUUGAAACCAAUCAACGACUAAGCACAUUUGAAGAAGAAUCUUUUGAUGAUAACGAUGAAGACUUUUUCUUUAAUGAAAAUUUUAUCAAACCUCAGUUUUCAAAUAAUCCAAAUCUUAUUAAAAACAGAAUAAGAAGCCCAACACGAAUUAGCAUAUCACCUUCUCAAUAUGACAUUGUACAGGAUGAAACAUUAUUAACACCAAGUCUCAAAAAGAGACAAAAAGAAUGGAAUAAUAGAAGUGAACAAUUAAAAACUUUCAAAGAAUAUGGAGUUAACCAAAGAGAGCAAAAUAGAGUAAAGUUCCCAAAUGCUGUUAAUAGAAUUAAAACGAUAAAGCAAGAAAUCGAUCAUAACACACCCAUUAAAAAGGGUAAAAUGUAUUACAACCCUAAGACUUUGAACUGGGAAGGUAAUGACAAGAUCUUAGAUAAGUUCCAAGUUAUUAAGGAUAAUGAAAAGAAAAGACCUAUUUUAAUAAGAAGCAAAUCACCUGAUAAGACAACUAAAAAUAAAGUAAGUUCUGUGAAUAUCAAUAAUGACAAUCCUCGAAUAGUAGGGAAAAUGAUGUUUGAUGAAGCGAAUUUACGGUGGGUUAGUUUGAAUGAAUAUGAGAAUGACCCAUUUCAAAAUAUUCCUGACUUUAAAAUCCCACCAAAGAGUUACAGCAAUAACAAUGGAAUCAAUGGCAGUACGCUAUCUUUGAGAAAGAAAGAAAGCAUUGCUAACUUAUCCCCAUUUUUAAGGUCUCAAAGCCAUCGAGUAGAGACAUCUAAUAACGCUGAGAAGAUGAGUAGGUUCUAUUCCGCUGGGACUUAUAGUAGUCAUUUUAGUAGUGAAGAACUUUCUGCAUUUCAAAUAAGUAGUAAGAUAAUUGAGAAAUUUUAUCACGAGGAAAAUAAGUGGGUUAAUGAAAUUAAUGGGUGGAUGACAUUGAAUAAGAAUGCAGAGUCUGAUUUGGAAUCGCAUUUAGAUGUUACGCAAGAAUUGAAUAUUAAUAAGAAUAAAUAUAUGUACGAGAUUCGUAAUAUGGUAUUGAAUUCAUCUCGAGGAUAA